CUUUAUUUUGGUUUUCAAGUAAUUGCAAAUCGAGUUCUGACUGAGUUCAAAAUAUUGUGUGGGAAAUAUGGGCUAAAGAAAUGGGUUGAAGGACAAUUAUGGGUGCCACCGCUUCUCAGUUGGAGAAGGACAUCGGUCAUGAAUUUCCGCAAAAUGAACAUUAUUUUGGCUUGGUGAAUUUUGGAAACACAUGUUAUUGCAAUUCAGUUCUGCAAGCGUUAUUUUUCUGUCGCCCGUUCCGCGAGCGAGUUUUGGGCUACAAACCUCUUUCCAAGAGGAAGGAAUCGUUACUGACGUGUCUGGCUGAUCUUUUUGGUAACAUCGCUUCGCAGAAGAAAAAAGUUGGUGUUUUGGCGCCCAAGAAGUUCGUAGCUAGACUCAGGAAAGAAAACGAACUUUUUGACAACUACAUGCAACAGGAUGCCCAUGAAUUCCUUAAUUAUCUUUUGAAUACAAUAGCAGAUUUGUUACAAGGUGAAAAGGCAAAAGAAAAAGACAAAGACAAACACAGCAGCACCAGUAGUGUAAGCAGUAAAAGUAGCGUGUCUUCUGCUGGAACAACAAAUGGAGGAUCACAACAGAAUAACAAGACAGAACCUACCUGGGUUCAUGAUAUCUUUGAGGGAAUUUUAACAAAUGAAACAAGAUGUCUGUGCUGUGAAACAGUCAGUAGUAAGGAUGAAUCAUUUCUGGAUCUUUCUGUGGAUGUGGAACAAAAUACUUCAAUAACACAUUGCCUUAAAGGCUUCUCCUCUACCGAGACACUUUGCAGUGAGCAUAAGUACUUUUGUGAAACAUGCUGUAGUAAACAGGAGGCACAGAAGAGGAUGAGAGUGAAGAAACUACCAAAGAUUCUAGCACUUCACUUGAAAAGGUUUAAAUACAUGGAACAGUUACAGAGAUAUGCAAAGUUGUCAUACAGAGUAGUGUUCCCCUUUGAACUGAGACUCUUCAAUACAUCUGAUGAUGCAAUAAACCAUGAAAAACUUUAUGAUCUUGUUGCUGUUGUCAUACAUUGUGGCAGUGGACCAAACCGGGGACAUUAUAUUACUAUUGUGAAAAGCCAUGGCCUUUGGCUUCUCUUUGAUGAUGAUAUUGUAGAGAAAAUCGAAGCUCAAGCAAUAGAGGAGUUCUAUGGUUUGACAUCAGAAAUCCAAAAGUCUUCCGAGUCAGGCUACAUCCUAUUUUAUGAAGCAAGGAGUUAGAUUGAAAAUAAUGCUACUAAAAUGUAUUUCUAAGUACUAAUUUUUAAGGGACUUUCAGGUGUCUUGGGGCUCAAGACAAACAUGAUCCAAUAAGGCACAGGCUGACUUGGCAAAGGUGUUGUGGACAGAUAUUGUCCACAGCACUUUCACUAAGUCUAAGUCAUCUUUUUUGUCUUUUAUUAAGCCUUUAAAACCCAAGAUCAGAUUGUAAAUUCUCCCAUCUAACUGGUACACAUUUAUGACACCAGUUAUGAGAAUUUGGUGUUAGAUCAAGAUAAAAACUUCUGCUUGAUAAGCCUAAGUAUUGUCAUUGCCUGUUUCCAGGAUAAAGUAUGGGCAAUUGUAAGGAGAAGUUACAUUUCAAUCACUUCUAGGAGUUUAAGGGUUAACCUGAACUGCAAUUCAAACCUCAAAUUAUGUUUUAGGAAAUGCUUUUUCUUCUUCUCUCUCCUUUGUCCUUUUCAUUUUUUUUUUUCCUGCAACAUUCUUGUAAACUAAGAUACUUGAAAAGUGUCAACAGGUUAAGUGCUGCAAGAGUGGGUUUAAAAAAAAAAAGGAAAUUUAUCACAAUUUAUUUAAUCUCAACUUUGGCACAAGAGACUAGUGUCUUCUCUUCCUCAUCAUUAAGUUAGGCAUCCAGUUUGGUUUUGUCUCCAAAAUUCAGUAGACCCAGUUCCCUUUUAGCAAUUUCUAAUGAGCUUUAGGCACUGGUUACUGAGAUUUCUGCGAGCACAUGUAGGUUACAAAUACAGAAGAUCUUUACCCAUUAGGCAAGUUAAUAUUAAGUUAGUCUUGAGCUCCGAAAGACUCUAUCAAGUAAAUUCUGCAACUGUUUUGAUAAUCAGGAAGAAUGUGUAAUUUUUUUUUUACUCUGAUAGGAAUUGUUUUCUUGUGAUAGGUAGCUAGCUUUGGAUGUCAACUGUAAAGGACAGUGGCUGUAAGAUAAACUGUAAUCAAUCAAGCAUUCAGUUGACCUGUAAUGCUACAUUGUAAAUUUUUUUGGUGGCUGUUGCUUGGUAUUAUUAUGUCUUUCAAAACUUGCAAACUCUGAAGUUCAAAACCCAGCAAAGGCAAGAAGUAGUGGUCCAAUUUCUAUCUUUGGAAUUGUGGAAUUAAUGUACAAGUAACAGAGAGAGAUGUCGUUCAUCUUGUCACAAGCAUGGGAUGAAGAAUGAAUUAUGCUUCCCCUUGAGGAGUCAAACCUCAAGAGCUCAGAUCUUUAGAUUCCAUGCUCUAAUGCAUCAAUGUUACAAGAGAGCCAGAUUUCCUUAAAGAGAUGUGUAAUUUAAAAUAUUACACUUCCCACAAAACUUUGGUGUGUUUCAACCUUUAAGAUUGGAAAGGUAAUUCCUCAAACAAGAGACAACACCUUUCUUGUUACCUUAUAGUGAGAAUCAACUGCUAAGUAGAAGUAAUUCUCAAUGUUGAAAACUUAUUUUGAAAUUUCAUUUCCUGUCUGUUGUGUUGUGUAUCAGAAUUUUAAGGAGAAUUAAAGCUCUGAUCACUCUUAUCAAGAGUCUCAGUUUGCUAGUUAUUAUGAAAUCUUAAUAUUCAUCAGUUUUAACUUCAGAGUUUGCAUUAUGAGGUGAAAUAACUACAAUCAGUUCUGUGAUAUCAUUAUGCUGUUUGAGAAUGUAUCUUGCUGUACAGUUUUAAUUUCUAUGAACGUGCAAUAAAGUAUAAACCAUCA